CACAGCUGCGCGUCUCUGUCUGAGCUGAGGAACAUCAUCUCAACAUAACUGACUGGGACUGUAGAAGAUGAUGAGAUCUCUGCUGCUCGUCUGUGUGUUUGUGCUGCCUCUGCAAACACUCGCGCUGCCGCUGAGCAACAGAUCGAGUUUUCCCAGCAAACCCGGGAAGCUUCCAGAAACACGGGGUGGUAAUGCCAUGGAAACCAUCACCAUUCCUUCAAUAGCUUCGAGUGCCGGGGCAAGAGAGCGCCGUGCGGUCUGGAGGGCCCUCCUGCAUAAAGGACCCCCGGCGAAACAGGCCAACACACUGGCCAAUCAAAACAGGGAACAUUUCCGAGAACGUCGCCAUGUGCUCAGAGGUCACCCGCAGGGUCAGCUGAUGCGUGUGGGAUGCAUCCUCGGCACAUGUCAGGUACAAAACCUCAGCCACCGUCUCUAUCAGCUGAAAGGCCACAGUGGACGGCAAGACGCACCAAUCAAUCCCAGAAGUCCACAUAGUUAUGGAUAAGACUAUGAAUGAACUCACAGUAAAAAUCUAUCCAAAAAUGUGACUACAGAAGACCACAGACACCAGCGGGAGACCAAUUAACAAUUUACAGGCGUCCUGUCACGAGAAAUUGAAUUCUCUUGAUCUUUUGAAAUAAACGAGUAAUUUAAUGAGCUCUAAACUCCUUUCCCCAAACAAGCAUUUACUGAAACAAGAACAACUCGUUAUGAACUUCUGCAACUUUGACGUCAUUUAACAUUAACAUAAGCUAUGAUCGCCAACAUUAACCUGCAAGCUUCUAUGUAAAUCUUCAGAAACUUGGCCUGGCUUUUCAUAUGGAGCAGUAUAUCACUCCUAAAUAACGGGAGCAAGGGGAAGUUUAAGAAACCUCACUGUGUGUAGCACCUACAGCUCUGCAGACACGUCUGAAGUUUAUUUUUCAGACCUGAACAGUCUGAGUUUUCAUUUCAGCAUGGAUUGUUUCAUGAAUCUCUUUAAUGACUUAAAGUACAGUAAUGCAACUUUGGAGCCAAUAGAAAACACUACUUACUAAAAAAAAAAACUUAGUGGAUCUCAGGGAAGAGAAUAUAAUUGUACACAUUAUAUGUCUCCCUUUAACAAUCAGUUGUCCUUUACUAAAGGUCAAAUUCAGAAGAAAGUCUUAAAAUUUCCCCCUUCUGAUACUUCAUGCCCUUCUGUAAUGAAGUGACUUGAACAUUCAUUAUCUUAACAGUAAUCCCACACUGUCUCUCGCGCUCGAACCAGGACAAAUCGCCCUUGACUGAGCCACCUUAAGCCCAACAGAGCUUCAGUGGGAACACCUUAAGAGUAAACAUCCUGCAUUUGGACAGUUAAGCUGUACUUAUUUAUGAAUCUAACUGCAUUAGAUAAAAUAUCAAACCAAGUGGUUAUUUAAAAGAAAGAUUUUUUCAGUGAAUAACUUAAAUUUUAAGUUGUUCAAAGAUAUUUAAAAUUGCAAAAUGCUCCAAAAAUUGCAGUUAGUUCUGAGAAAAAGCUCAUCAUUUUCUUGCAGAUACCAUUCGGUCAUCUUAACAGUAACUGUUUUUAAACAGGUUUCCGGCGCUCUCCUCCCAUCAGCCAUUGGCUAGACAAACAGAUAGUCCCGCCCCAAACUCACACUAUUGGCUGAGCCGACGUCAACUUGUUGGGUCGUUCAGACCAACAGAGUAAUGUUACAAGCGUCACAAACACACACUGUUUACACUCUUCAGGGAAAUGAAAGUCUUACUUCUAGCUGUCUCUGCACUUUACACUAGGAUUGGAGAAAGUAUUUUCACUUCAUAAAAUUACACACAGUCACUUUAAGUGUCCACUUACCUUGCGGGACCACUGUAUAUUCCCAUUUAAACUUUUAAAACGUCAAACUUUCAACACUGACUGAUCGUGUAUGUCGCACAUGCCAGUCUCACAACAUAAAAUCACAAAUACAAAUAAAACAUGGGAGACAAAUAU